AUGGACAAGAACGAGGAGCCGGGUUCUUCGAUGGGCGAUCUCUCUCUGACAAAUUGCAGCGCUGCGGUGAACGUGUGCCAGAUGGAGCCCAACAUCACCUAUGUGGGCUUUUAUCUCCACCACCCGCUCGUCGCUUCCGUUUUCAUCGUCUCCUACCUCCUCAUCUUCCUUCUCUGCAUGAUGGGCAACGGAGUCGUCUGCUUUACCGUUCUGCAGAGCAGGCAUAUGCGCACCGUCACCAACCUCUUCAUCUUGAAUCUGGCGGUCAGCGAUCUGCUGGUGGGCGUCUUUUGCAUGCCCACCACUCUCCUGGACAACAUCAUCACAGGAUGGCCUUUUGGGAGCAUUGCCUGCAAAAUGAACGGCACCGUCCAGGGAAUAUCUGUUUCUGCUUCUGUCUUCACUUUGGUGGCCAUUGCAGUCGACAGGUUCCGUUCUAUUGUUUAUCCCUUCAAACCAAAACUUACCGUAUGGAUAGCACUUAUGUUGAUAGUCAUCAUCUGGGUCCUGGCUAUUGUCAUCAUGUGUCCUUCUGCUGUCAUGCUGAAGCUAGUAGAAGAAAAGCAUUUCCAGGUCAUUCUUGGCGAGGACAACCAAACCCGUCCCAUCUACUGGUGCCGGGAAGACUGGCCCAACGAGGACAUGAAGAAGAUCUACACCACUGUCCUCUUCGCCAACAUCUACUUGGCUCCUCUGUCGCUCAUCGUCAUCAUGUACGCUCGGAUAGGGAUCACGCUCUUCAGCACGGUCCUCGCCUCUGGCAAGCAAGGCCACGAGCGCCACUCCGUGUACAAGAAGAAGUUGAAGGUCAUCAAGAUGCUGAUCAUCGUGGCUUUAUUGUUCAUCCUCUCCUGGUUGCCCCUGUGGACCUUGGCCAUGCUGUCCGAUUAUGCAGAACUGGACGAUGCACAGUACAAGCUCAUCAAUAUCUACGUCUACCCCUUUGCCCAUUGGUUGGCCUUCUUCAACAGUAGCGUCAACCCAAUCAUCUACGGCUUCUUCAACGAGAACUUCCGUCGAGGUUUCCAAGCUGCUUUCCACCUGCAGCUCUGCUCCAGGGAGGCGAUACCUCGGGAAAUGUAUUCUCAACGGGCACAAAGCAAUGCGGUCUUGCCAGCCACGGUUCCCCAGCAGAUAGACCAUGAUCUAUCCUCGUGUGUCGCCGGGCGGUCUGCUCAAAAGGGGAACUGGGUGGACAAGACGCAGGUUCUGGUGAUGGAGAACCUAGAACGUGCUUCAAACAACAACGGCGCUAAGCAAGACUUGCUUUGA